GGCGGAGAGUUAAUAGGGAAAGGAAGAAGCUAUUGGUGCGCUCACAGAGAUAUAUCUAUUUGGGUAGAAUACCAGUAGACCAGUCCAGGACCAUUAUCUGCAGGAGAGAAAUUGUCUCGUCCACUCUAGGCUCCGUCACAAGGAUGUGAAGUUCAAUGACGUUGGAUUUCAUCAUUUAUACUCUGCUGAAGAGGUGCUGAUAUGUGUACACGAUGAGCGGACUGGGGGACAACUCCAUGGAGCCUCUGAGCUCAGAAAACCGAAAACGCAAGCUCUCCACCUGCGACACGCCCGGUCUGGGAUGUGAGCGGAGACGGCGGGAGCAGGAGACUAAAUACAUCGAGGAGCUGGCCGAAUUGAUCUCUGCCAACCUCGGUGACAUCGACAGCUUCAACGUCAAGCCAGACAAGUGUGCCAUCCUCAAGGAGACGGUGCGCCAGAUCAGACAGAUAAAAGAGCAGGGCAAAGCGUCCUCCAAUGAUGACGAUGUACAGAAGUCGGACGUGUCCUCCACGGGACAAGGGGUCAUAGACAAAGACCACCUCGGGCCGCUUCUGCUUCAGGCCCUGGAUGGUUUUCUGUUUGUGGUGAACCGGGAGGGCAGCAUAGUGUUUGUGUCUGACAACGUGACCCAGUACCUGCAGUACAAACAGGAGGAGCUCAUCAACACUUCCGUCUACAACAUCCUCCAUGAGGACGACAGGGAGGAGUUCCACAAGAACCUGCCCAAGACCAAUGUUAAUGGGGUGUCCUGGGGUGGGGAGGUGCCACGUCAGAAGAGCCACACCUUCACCUGUCGCAUGCUGGUCAAGUUUGGCCACACCCACGGACCUGUGGAGGAGGGACCAGGAGGGCCGCGCUACGAGACCAUGCAAUGCUUCGCCUUGACCCAGCCCAAGGCCAUGAUCGAAGAGGGGGAAGACCUGCAGUCGUGUAUGAUCUGUGUGGCCCGUCGUGUGACUGCUGUAGAGAGAACAGAGAGCUUCAACACCCGGCACGAGCUCUCAGGUAAGCUGAUCCAGAUAGACCAGAACUCGCUGCGUGCGUCAAUGCGUCCUGGCUGGGAGGAUCUGCUGAGGCGCUGUAUCCAGAUGUUCCUACAGCACAGUGACGGACAGCCCUGGUCCCACAAACGCCAUUAUCACGAGGCCUUCCUACAGGGUCACGCUGAGACCCCCCUGUACCGUUUUUCUCUUUCGGACGGCACCCCUGUCACGGCCCAGACCAAGAGCAAGCUGUAUCGCCACCCCAUGAGCAACGAGGCCCAGGGCUUCAUAUCCACUCACCUGCUACAGAGGGAGCAGCAUGGCUAUCGCUCUGCCCAGGGUGGGGGCAUGAUGCCAGGGCCUAUGAGGCAGCAGGGCAUGGGGGGCCCCAACCCCAAUGCCCAGAUGAACAUGCCCCCUGGUGUAGGGAUGGGGGGUAUGAACCGGGGCUACGGGCCCAUGAACGAACAGAGCCACAUGGGACAGAUGGGAGGGGGUUCAAUGUACGGAGGGAAUGGAGGUGGAGGUGGCGGCAGGGGAGGCAUGGGCAACAGAAUGAUGCAGAUGAAUCAGUUGAACCAGAUGGGCCAAAUGAACCAAAUGAAUCAGAUGGGUCAUCAGAUGAACCACACAGGUCCAGGGAACCACCCUGGCAUGCAGCAACAUCAGCACCCUCAGCAGCAACAUCAGCACCCCCAGCAGCAACAUCAGCACCCCCAGCAGCCCCCCUUCCAAAGCAGUGGGGGGUACGGACUGGGGGGUAUGAACAGCCCCUUGGGGAGUCCCCGAAUGAUUGGCCCCCAGCAGGGGCUCCUGAUGUCCCCCCGAAACCGAGGCAGCCCCAAGAUGGGUGCCAGUCAGUACUCACCUGGAGACAUGCACUCCCCCAUGGGCCCUCAUGGAGGAGGAGGAGGUAGCACCUCUUUCUCCAGCAGCUCCCUCAACGCCCUGCAGGCCAUCAGCGAGGGGGUCGGGAGCUCCCUCCCCUCCACCCUCACCUCCCCCUCCCCGGCCAACAAACCAGACAGCUCCCCCAGCGUCCACUCCUCCUCUCAGUCCACCCAGCCCAAUCACCCCGCCAAAUCCGGCCCGGAUGACUCCAAAAGCCCAACAGGAGGCCUGGGUCCUGCGCCAAGUGUGCACCCCCUCCACCAACACCAUCACCACCACCCACACCCCCAGUCCGAGAGCUCCGGAGACAGGUUGGACAGCCAGGCCCCGGCAGGCAGCAAGGAGCCCAGAGAGGGGGCCAUCGAGGCUGGGGUGAGCUCAGAACCCACCCGGAGAGUCCCAGACGGUAAGGGCCAUAAGAAGCUGCUGCAGCUGCUGACCUCCCCCACUGAGGAGCUGGGGUUAGGGGGAACUGGCCCCGCCUUGCCCUCUAUACCUCCCCCACCAGGCAGCAGCAACACCCCAGCAGGGUCCGACACUAAGGACCCCACAGGAGGCAUUUCCAGCCCUUCCUCUACUGGAGUCUCCUCCUCUUCCUCAGCCUCCACCAAUCAGGGCCAGGCGUCGGGCACGGCUCUGGCCAAUGCUCUGGCCUCUGCCCACUACACGGCGUCGCUGCAGGAGAAGCACAAGAUCCUCCACAAGCUGCUGCAGAACAGCAACACACCCGAUGAGGUGGCCAAGAUCACGGCCGAAGCCACUGGGAAGGUGACCCUGGGGGGCCAGGAAGUCCCAGGGGAGGUGGGGGCUGGAGGAGCAGUAGGAGUGACAGAGCCUAAGCAAGAGCAGCACAGCCCCAAGAAGGAGAAGACCCACGCGCUCCUCCACUACCUCCUCAACAAGGAUGAUACUAAAGAGCCAGUGGAUGUGAAGCCCAAGCCUGAGGAGCUGGAAGGAAAGGGGCCCCAAGGAGCCACUGCCGGCCCCCCACCCAGAGGCCCUGGCGCUGGACCCGGCCCAACGGCUGAACACCCAGAGAGCAAGAUCAAGUCAGAGCCGCCUGAUGAGUUGGACAACCUGGAGUCCAUCCUGGGAGGUUUGAGGGGUUCUGGCUCUGAGUUCUACCCCGAGCAGGGAGGAGGAGGGAACAAGGCCCAGGGUUGCAUCGACGAGAACCUGCAAGGGAGUUCGGGGAUUGCCCCUGGCCCACGAGGGCCCUUCCAGAGGGCCAUGUCAGCAGACGCCAAGCCUGGAGUGGUGGGGAGGCGCCCCAUGCUCAUCAAACAAGAGAACAUGAUGGGCAGCCCAGAAGGAUACCCAGGGAACAUGGGUGUUUGUCCGCGAGGCGUUGGAACAAGGCCGAUGAACAGGGGCAUGGGGGUUCCCCAGCGCUCUCCCAUGGGGGGGUCAGGGGAUUGGGGGAUGCCCCGCUCCUGCGCCAGCCCUGUGGGCUCAGCCGGUCACCCCUCCAUGAGCCGUCCUGGCAUGGACUACAACUCAAAAGGCAUGAUGGCAGGGCCCAUGGUGGGAAGGUCCAACAGUGUUCCUGGCACCAGAUCCAUGCUGCAGCAACAGCUAAUGGACAUGGGAGGUUCUGGUGAGAUGGGGAUGAGUCCGUUCAGUCAGCAGGGCCAGCCCAACCAGUCUCCGUCCUGGUCUGACAAUGUGAUGGGUAUGGAGGGAAACCACAGCAGGCGUCAGUUUGGGAACGCCCUGGAUGAGCUCCUGGCUCCGCCCACCACCAGCGAGGGCCAGAGUGACGAGCGGGCGCUGCUGGACCAGCUGGACUCUUUGCUCAACAACACGGAUGGCAUUGCACUGGAGGAGAUCGACCGGGCCCUGGGCAUCCCCGACUUGGUCAGCCAGAGCCAGGGGCCAGAGCAGCAUGGUGAGCCCUUCCCCGGCCAGGAUCCUUCCAUAGUGCUGGAGCAGAAGCCUCUGUACGGCCAGGGCUACCCCGGACCCCCCUCAAUGGCCAUGCAGUCAGCCUACGGGGGGAGCCCUAUGCAGGGCCAGCCCCAACAGGGGGGCUUCGGCCCCAUGCUCUCCCAGAUGGGCCCAGGGGGCAGCUUCCCAGGGAUGGGAGGCAUGGGGGGUAUGGGUCACCCCCGUGCUAACAUGAUGAGACCCAGAAUGAUGAGCGCCACCAAACCCAUGAGGCUCCAGCUGGCGCAGAGACUACAGGGCCAACAGUUUAUGAGUCAGACUCGGCAGGGGAUGGCCAUGAAGAUGGAGAACCCUGGAGCGGGCAACCCUGGCUUGAGGCCGGGUAUGCAGCCUGGCAUGGGGGGACAGCCUGGCUUCCUGAAUGCCCAGAUGAUGGCCCAGCGUAGCAGGGAGAUGGUGACCAUGCAGAUGAGGAGACAGAGGAUGAUGAUGCUAAUGCAGCAGCAACAGCAGCAGGCAGCAGCAGUGGCCGCCGCAGGGGGGUUCAGCCCCCCUCCCAACGUCACCGCCCCCGCCGGCAUGGACACCCCUAUGGGAGGCCCCAACCUGGGCCCCCAGCAGUUUGGCUACGGGGGAAACUACGGUAUGGCCCAGCAGGGUGACCCGUCGUUUGGCCCUGCGGGCAGCAGCCCCCCCAGCACCAUGAUGUCAGGCCGCCUGGGUCCUCAGAAUCCCAUGAUGCAACAGCAUCCCCAGGGCGGACCCAUGUACCAGAGCGCUGACAUGAAGGGCUGGUCGCAGGGAGGCAUGGCCCGCAACAGCUCGUACCCCCAGCAGCAGUUUUCCCAACAGGGCAACCCGGGGCAGCAGCAGUUUGCCCAAACGGGCAACCCAGGACAGUACGGGGGCAUGAUGAUGAAUGGGUGCAUGCCUUCCAAUGGAGGGGGGGGCCAUAUGGGGCAGAUGGGAAUGAACCCCAUGGUGAUGGGACGUAUGCCGAUGGGGCCUGAUCAGAAAUAUUGCUGAACCUGAGACAGAGGCGUGUGGUGGAACAGAAACAGACUCACUGUGAUCCUUUCAGAGAGAUGAGUGCAGUGAUGUGUGUGUGUGUGUGUGUGUGUGUGUGUGUGUGUGUGUGUGUGUGUGUGUGUGUGUGUGUGUGUGUGUGUGUGUGUGUGUGUGUGUGUGUGUGUGUGUGUGUGUGUGUGUGUGUGUGUGUGUGUGUGUGUAGUACUCUACUCCCACCAGUUGGGGGUGCUGCGUCUCUGGACUCGAGGCCAGUGUAGACAGAGGACACACACCAACACACACACACCAAAACAUCCAUGUAUCUAAAGACACACUGUGACACACAAACACACACACACAUAAACAAACUGACAGAUAGAAAUUAUAAGACAUCCUCUCUCUCGUGGGAUGUGACUACCAUCAUGCCAAGUUCAUCCCUGGCUGUGGGAAUUCUCUCUCUGCUUUGGAACGCUAUGAGAGAAGACAGUGUUACCUAGUUCUGGUCCUGGAGGACCACUGUGUAUGCAGACCAUACAUCCCAUCCAGUCUCUGAAUCCACACUUAAUGAAUGAUAUAUAUAGUCCAUUGUUGGAGAAGGUGGGAGUUGAUUGUAUUGUAGAACAAUAGUGAAGACAUCAAAACGAUGAAAUAACACAUAUUGAAUCAUGUACUAACCAAAAAAAGUG